ACCCGGACACGCCCCAAACGCUCCUGGCGAGGUCGCCGUCUGCUGCAGGGAUGGCCGUGGUGCUGGACAGUGACUCCGGGGAAAUGGGCAGCCUCUCGGAGGCAGCUUCAUCAUCCAAUGGAGGAAGUUUCCCUGAUAUCAUUUCCAUCAGUUCUGCGGAAGAAUUGCCUCCUGCAAGAACCCUAAGGCCAAGCACAACUGUAUCAUUGGAGAACUAUAGUUCUGGUGUAAUUUCUGUAAGUUCCGUGGAGGAAUCAAACACUUCCAAACCAAGGAGAGAAAUCUGCAUAUGCUGUGGAAGCCUUGAGAUUCACACUCAGCACCCUUUGUUUCAAGGAGGAAUGUGUGCUCCAUGCACAGAACAUCUUUUGGAGAGAUUCUUCCUGUGUGACAAUGAUGGGUACAAGACUGAUUGUGCCAUAUGCUGCUGGAGCAAUUCUCUCAUAAUGUGUGAUGAUCCAACCUGUAACAGGUGUUUUUGUGAAGAAUGCAUGGACAGCCUCGUGUGUUCAGGAUUCUCAGACAAGAUAAAAAAGAAGUCUCCCUGGAUAUGUUUCCUGUGUACACCACAGCGAGCAUAUGGUCUACUCAAGAGGAAGAGAAGAUGGCGUGCAGAACUGAAGCGCUUCUACGAUCAAGAGUCUAACCAUCUGUGGAUAUAUCAGCCGUUGCAGACAUGGGAUAAAAAACCAAUCCGUGUGCUCUCCCUUUUUGACAAUAUUACACAAGAGCUGAAAAGUUUGGGGUUUCUGGGUGAAAGCAAGGGCAGUGGGACACUGAAGUAUUUGGAUGAUGUCACAGACACGACACGAAUACAUAUAGAUGAAUGGGGUCCAUUUGAUUUUAUAUUUGGGUCUACGCCACCCAUUGGAAACUCUUAUCAACAGCCCUCUGCCUGGUAUUUUUACCAAUACUUCCGUAUUCUUCAGUAUGUGACACCCCCAGAAAGGAUGUUUUUCUGGAUGUUUGUGGAUAACCUUGUGCUGGAGGAAGAAGACCGAGAUACCGCUUCUCGGUUCUUUCAGAUGGAAGCUGUGCUCAGAUAUAAGCAGCAUGAUGACACCAUCCAGAAUGCAGUACACAUAUGGAGUAAUAUCCCAUCUGUUAACAGCAAAUAUUCUGCAUCUGCCUUGUAUGUGGAUUUGUCUCUGUUGGCAAAGAACAUCCUUGAAACCAGAAUCUUCUCUCAGCGUCCAGCCACUCUGAUUAAGGACUUUUUUGUGCCCUUGAAGGAAUAUUUUAGGACAUUUCCACAAGGGCCUGCAAGGCAGGAUACAAACCCAAAACAAAAACCAAAUGUAAUACAAUAA